CUUUUGUUUGCCCUGACUUAGGUACAGUACAUCAUAUGUACCUGACCUGAUCUGAAGCUUUUGUGUUUCUUCUCUUCCACUCUUGACCCUUCAACUCUUCCAAUCUCACUCCCUUCAUCACAAUGCGUCAUCAUGCCCCCCUCCGCAUUGCCGUCCUCGAAUGCGACACACCGAUCGGGCGUACAAAAGAAAAGUACGGCGGAUAUGGAAACCUGUUUAAAGAGCUGCUCUCGAAUGGCGCGAAGCUCUUGCAAGAGAAGGGAGAAGGGGAGGUGGAAUUGGAUAUUACGAAAUACGACGUCGUGAAUCAGGAGGUGUAUCCCGAAUUGGAGAAUGUGGAUGCUGUGCUGUUGACGGGGAGCAGACAUAAUUCAUUCGAUAAUGAUCCGUGGAUUCUCAAAUUGGUGGAUUUCACCAAAAAGGUCUUACAGCACGAUCGCGUGCGAUUGAUUGGAGUGUGUUUCGGGCAUCAGAUUAUUGGAAGAGCAUUGGACGUCAAAGUGGACAGGAGCGAUCGCGGGUGGGAGGUCAGUGUUACGAAAGUGCAGUUGACGGAACAGGGGAAGAAGCUGUUUGGGAUUGAUGAGUUGGCUAUACAUCAAAUGCAUCGCGAUAUCGUGUAUGAGUAUCCCCCAGGCACGGAGGCGUUGGGGCAUUCACCUCGUUGCGAUGUGCAGGGAAUGUAUAUCAAAGGUCGCUUGAUCACGAUACAGGGGCAUCCCGAGUUCAAUGGCGAGCUCGUGGCUGAAUUACUCGACAAUCGACACGAGAGGGGUAUCUUCGAUGAUGCCAUGUACAAGGAGGGCAUGGAACGCGUGCGAAACCCACAUGACGGCGUGGUGGUCGGGGCUGCUUUUUUGAGGUUCUUGCGGGAGGAGUGAUUUCUCUCUGCUGCGAUAUUUUGCGGCAGAGGGGAAGAGGGGAGACGCAGCACCGUUCAUCAGGUCGCCAUACGGGUCAAUGGAAUGGCAUGAAGAAGUGUUGCGACGCUUGAUUGGCGUCGCAGGCAUGACAGGUGGGAUGUCAACGAGCAUAAACCUGAUAGACAUACAAUGCAGUCCGACAACCAAGA